GGGCGACAAAGAACAUGUAAUGCAGACUGUAUGCCUACUUCAUUAAAGUCAUGAUGAGGUAGUCUUAUUAGUUAUAGAUGGUAAAGAUAAUUGGUAGCCUACUUUUCAUUCAUUCAUGAAUCACUUCCUUAACAAACGCAUUGAGUUUUAUUUUUUUACACACGCCAAUAGUGAGAAUUGGUUUAAUUUGUUGAUUUUACAGUGUGCAGAACGUAAGUCUUAAGUCUCUGUCAGGUUCAAGGUGCUGCUGCUAGCCUCGUUUUUAUUCUUAUAUUUUCGAAGUUAUCUUGCGGAAGAACACAUUUUUCUUUUUUUAUUACAUAUAGGGCUACGGCUCAGGCGCGCGCUGUAUCCUUGCGCCUGCACAGUAUCACAGGUGCGUUUGGUUUGUUGUGAUUGUCACCAGUAUCAAAAAGAAAACUGACAGUAGGCAAAGCAACUGAAUUUAUAGUUUUUUGUGUGAGAAAAGCCCAACGCGCCAUGCUAGGUUUCUGCUUGACAGAUACAACUGACACAUACCUUUCCUUCGGCAGUCUAAGGAGUGGAAGUGUCUGGGUCUGUGAGGACAGAGUCACGGAGUAUGAAAUGAGAACCACGCCUUCUGAGUUAAAGCUCCUGGCUUCGGUGCUUGGCACGUGCAACGCACCUAAGAAGAGUGAAGACCGAACAGGGCUGUCUCUGGGAGAGUGUGCUCUGAAAUGGCCUUUGCACCAUUCAGUCUUGACACUGGAGCUCACCGCAGCUGUAUGCUUCCACCCGAGCUGUUCCUCUGCAGCGGUGCGGCGUCACGGCGCGACCUCCUGGGAGCAUGAGACACAACUGCAGGGCAACCGUCGUUCCCCAAGUGCGAAUAGAGGGGCAGCAAAGGCAUCUCACUCUGCAGGAUUAUACACUGCGUUGUACUGGAAAUCAUGCAGAUCCAUUCCCAUGCAGGACCACCUGUGGCUCAGCAGGCGCAGGAUUUUUCUAUCACUUCCAUCAAAAGGCUCCACAAGGCAAGAUUUUGUGGAACCAUUGUGUCGUCGCAGGCAUCUUCACCUGCAGGAUAAUCUUGUGUAAUCCUUAAAGAGAGAUAGGGGCUAAGAAAGGAAGACUUUGUGUUGUUUUGCACGCACCAGCUCUAAUUCACUAUCCUGUGCAUACCAGCUCCACACUCACAGGCACAAUUUCACACACAUUUCUGAAUCGCACUCUUUCGCACUUCUUUUGUUCUCUCUGUUUCAUUUGAACAUGCACACGUACACCUAUGAAGAUUUUUUAGCCUCUCUCUAGGAGCACUGUACCCUGGCAGUGUAAGAGGAAAAGCACAAAUGUAUCUUGGAGAUACAUUUUCUGUGCGAGAUCAGGCAGAAAAUGGGGCGUCAGUGCAAACGUGUCAAGAUGACACAAGCAGGGCCGUGCACAGACUCUCAAGGGCAAGGGUGGAAGUGAAAAGGAAGCACCGUGCUUAAUUUUCACCCAAAGGUCACAGCAGUGGGGCACAAGUGCCCUUCUGGUGUGACAUUAGAGCAAAAAUGGAGCAUGGAUGUGUUCCAUUAGGGUGCAGAAUUGUACUACACGCCACUGCAUAGAAGAAAAUAUAGUGACCUCACUUGCUAUUACCUUCAUCUACCUUCACUGACACCUGAUCUGAUAGUCUGGAUUUAUGUUUUCAUGCCAAUUUACAUAUUUCUCUACUCACAUCCUCAUUUCCAUCCAUGAAUGAGGAAGAUAUAUUUAAACUGUUUGUUUACUGCAAAUUUAAUGACUCCAUCCACAGCAAUUCAUCACGUUUAUUAGAGCUGCCACUUCCUCUCUUUUUCUUUUUCUUUCUCUUUUUACUUCCUCUUUUUAUGUCUUGAGCCCAUGAAUCCUCAUUGCCAUUCUUUAAAAGUUAAUUUUAUGCAAUAAAGCAAUAAUGUCAUAUCAUCCCACACCACAAGAGUUAGCGGUUAAUGAGUUAGGACCUUGUCGAUGUCUCAGCAUUCAGUCUCCCUCUGCAUCCCAUUCGUUCUCCAAUAAUUGCUUGUUAAUCUCAGGAUCAGCACUAAUACCUGCAGAUCAAUAUCUCACCAUGUUACUCCACACACACUAAACACACACACACACAC